GAAGUGGUCUCUAGCCCAGCCCAUCCGUGGCCGGUGAUGGCGGCGGUCCUGUCUCCGCGGGUGUGCGACAGCGACCCAGCCACGCCCGGAACCCAGUCUUUAAAGGAUGAUAUAGAAGAAAAUUCAAAUGAUGGCAGCCAACCAUCUAAAAGACGCCGCAUGGGCUCAGGAGACAGCUCGCGAAGUUGUGAGACUUCAAGUCAAGAUCUUAGUUUUAGUUAUUUUCCAGCUGAAAACCUGAUAGAAUACAAAUGGCCACCUGAUGAAACUGGAGAAUAUUAUAUGCUUCAAGAACAAGUUAGUGAAUACUUGGGGGUGACGUCCUUUAAACGAAAAUAUCCAGAUUUAGAAAGACGAGAUCUCUCUCACAAAGAGAAACUUUACCUCAGAGAACUAAAUGUCAUUACGGAAACACAGUGUACUUUAGGUCUAACUGCCUUGCGCAGUGAUGAAGUAAUUGAUCUGAUGAUUAAAGAAUACCCUGCCAAACAUGCAGAGUACUCUGUUAUACUUCAAGAGAAAGAACGUCAACGAAUAACUGACCACUAUAAGGAGUAUUCUCAAUUGCAACAGCAGAAUACCCAAAAAGUUGAAGCAAGUAAAGUUCCGGAAUAUAUUAAGAAAGCUGCCAAGAAAGCUGCAGAGUUCAACAGCAACUUAAACCGUGAACGAAUGGAAGAAAGACGGGCCUAUUUUGAUUUACAAACACAUAUUAUCCAGGUGCCUCAAGGAAAAUAUAAAAUCUUACCUACAGAAAGGACAAGAGUUAGUCCUUAUCCAGUGGCUCUCAUACCAGGCCAGUUUCAAGAGUACUAUAAAAGAUACUCUCCAGAUGAACUUCGAUAUUUGCCGCUAAAUACAGCUCUUUAUGAGCCCCCCUUAGAUCCAGAGCUGCCUGCGCUGGACAGUGAUGGAGAUUCAGAUGAUGAAGAGCGAGCAGAUGAAAAGCGGAAAAUCAAAGGCAAUUCGGACAACUCAUCUGGCAAUGUGUCUGAAGGUGAAUGCACAACAGAAAACCAGGAAGAACCUUUGCAGGGAAAACAAAAAACAAGAGAGAGAAAUUCUACUCCAAGAAAAGAGGGUUCCAAACGAUCUGUAUCCAAAUCGGUUCCUGGGUACAAGCCAAAGGUCAUUCCAAAUGCUAUAUGUGGAAUUUGUCUGAAGGGUAAGGAGUCCAACAAGAAAGGGAAGUCUGAAGCACUUAUACACUGCUCCCAAUGUGAAAACAGUGGACAUCCUUCCUGUUUGGAUAUGUCUGCAGAGCUUGUUGCAAUAAUUAAGACCUAUCCAUGGCAAUGUAUGGAGUGCAAAACAUGCAUUAUAUGUGGGCAACCUCACCAUGAGGAAGAAAUGAUGUUCUGUGAUGUGUGUGAUCGUGGCUAUCAUACAUUUUGUGUGGGGCUUGGUGCUAUCCCUUCAGGUCGCUGGAUUUGUGACUGUUGUGAAAGACAACCUCCGAUUCCCAGGGGCAGAGGAAGAAGAGCGAAGAGCAGCAAAGAAGGAUAACUGCAUAUUAACUGCACAAAAACAAGUGCUAAACUUGGUGCUACUCUACUUACCACUGUGUACAAGGAAAAACACCACUCAAAAUAGUUUCACCAAAUAAAUUUUUUAAUUUUAA